AUGCGUUGGACAAAAUCUAUGAACGAAAACGCAUUGCGGGCGUACUAUAGGGCGAAAGGGGAAGAAACUGUGGGAAUAGCGUAUAGGGCUCGGAUGCAUUGCUUUUUUGCUGAGCUGGAGCCUUCUAUCCCUGUCGCGGAACAAAACCUGGCAGACCGAGUUCGGUACAUCAUGCGCUCGAAAAUAUUUGAUGAUGCCGAACUCGAACGACUACGACGUGAGGCUAUUCCAUCGUCGAAUGAAUCGGCUAUGGCUGGAGAUGCAGCUCCACAUCCGACAGACCAGCAUCCACACGUGGAAGCUGCCAUGGAUCUUCCAGUUGUGGUUGAUUCGAACGACGAUGAAAUAAUCUCCCACGAACUAGAGCAAAUGAGGAGUAUAUUGGAAGAGGCGAUUUUGGAAACGCGCAGCAUCCCUCUCGAAAAUCGACCGCGACUUCCCCGCAUACCCCUAAGCAAACGAAAUCGGGCUGUCGUGAGGGCUCUUAACCCAAUGCUGGUGACCUAUUUGGAAGACAGCCGGGACCUUUGCGAGACGGACUCAAUUCUCUUUGGCGCCGCAGUGGCAGUUUGCCGUAUUAUUGGCGUCAAACUUCCCAUGGCUGAACGCGCUACUACACAAAGUAGCGCCAUCCCAGCCUGGAGAAAAAGAAUCGAGGACCGUAUCGCAAAGGCAAGGGGCCUUAUCGGCAGACUGACAAGCUUUAGGUCGGGUAAUAAUAGACCCAGGAUUGUGCUCACCGUUAGUAUGGCGUUUGCUGGGACAAAUAUCAGUUUGUCCCAGCCGGAUAUCACGCAGAAACUAACGGAGCAUAGACGACCUGAAUCAAAAGAUCGCUGCUUGGGGAAAGCGGAUUUACCGAGAGGUCAAGGCGGUUCAACCAGAAUCGUCUCUUCCAGAGUGAUCAGAAGAGGCUCUAUAAAUCAUUGGAUGUGGAGGACCGGAUCAGGCUGA